UGCAACCAACUGUUGACAAACACACUUUUGCGCCUCUCUCGCGCAAUUUCCAGCAAUCUCAGCUUUUUUACGCCCGGCUUAUCCGCAGGUGUCGAGUCGAGUCUGUAUUCUCCCGGACCGGGUAUCUCCGGCAAAAUCACUAGUCGAGUUGGGCAAAGUGGAGGCUUUUUGUUCUCCGAGCCUUCAAGGGGGGAGACCAUUCGCGAGUUCAUUUCUCCCUCAAAAAACAUCUUCUGCUUCAGCGGAUACAGCGUACGCCUCGGUACAGCGACGUCCGCACUCCCAUAUCCGGUACUUGCACACCUGCAGGCCGGAUACUCUACAAAAGUAUGGGCUCUAUAAAAAGUCACGUCCCUUUGGACGCAUAUAAUAACAUAAAUCGCAUUGAUAGACAGAGAACGCCAUGUCUGCCUGCAGCUACAGGUUUGGGGCUCAUCAACAAUAGUGAUAAGGAAAACUUGGAUGGUGGAUCAACCAACGCAGAGCCGAACGCCCUUGCACUCGAACGGGAGGCGAGAUCUGUACCGGCCCCGAUAAUCCACUUUUUCAACCAUCCGUCUUUGGCCAAGCGGCAGUCGACUGAAAAAGAGUCCAUUGCGCCUGCUGUCACCACCCCUCGUCCUUUAUCGAAUUCUCAGCUUAUCAAUAGUGAUAGUAAUAAUAAUAAUCCGCUCGACACGCUUAAUCGGGCUUACGUCAAUGCCUUUGAUCUUAUCAUGCGACAUAGAAAUGGUCUUGGUAUUAUUCCUGUAGGUGAAGGAGCUAGAAGCUCGGGGACGAUGAAUGGGAAUACUGCAGACCAGAUUGGUUCUGGAGAAAGCGAAAAGAUUCCAGUUGGAAAAGUGGACAAGCCAGUGGAUGAGGAACUCACUCCCAAAUCAAACCUCACUAUUCCUUCUAAACCGUCAAAACAGAAAUCCAUCCACGGUUCCGAAACAACCUCUCCUUCAACAUCAUCUCUCUGUCUUUCGCCGGCGACCUCUUACGAUUCAGAUUCUAGUUUGGGCCAUGGAGAGUGUAGCCAUGACAUGCCUUUAGCGGAGAAGGAAGGUGAAGAUGAUAAUGAGGAUGAGGAUGAGGAACAUGCGGGGGUGAAGGGAGCGCUGGGCUUGUCAACUGGUCUUUUUGUCAGAUCCAGCGGGUUGAAUUUGGGCGAUUCGGACGAGGAAAAGGAAGAAGAGGAAGAAGAUAACAUUGUCAGAGAAGACGUACAUCAUCAAAGAACAGCGCAACUCUCUGAUUUUGCUUCCUGUCUUUUCACCGUCCACAGCUCGGAGAGCGAAGACGAAGAUUUACCUUACGAAUCUGACCGUGAUGAUCAAGACGAUGUCGACUCAGUAGCAUCCUCCUCUUCCUCCUCGUCAUCCUCCUCCAAUCGCCUUCGCCCAAAUUACUCUUCCAUUCACCACAGUGUUUUCGUAUCCCAGUCACAUGAAUCAUCCGACUCUGACUCUGCUUCCGACAUGGAUGCAGACUCGGAUCCGGAAGAUGGUAAUACUGGACACAUACGGGAUGACGACGCGCUGUACCUCCCCGAAAGUCCCUGGCUCAUCCAAUCUCCCGUUCCCGUGAUACCUAAAGGGAACAGUAGCCCAUUAAAAAGCUCUCGGUCGACUUCGCCACUACCUUCAAGGACGAUAGCCUCUCCUUUGAGUUCAAUAUCAUCCUUUCCACAAUCACAACACCGAAUAUCUACUCUUCCAUCCCAGCCCCAACCCCAGCCCCAACCCCAGUUCCAACCACAGCCUCAGCACCAUCAUUAUCACCAAACCCCUCCAAACCAUAUUCAACCCCCACCAUCCCCCCAUCCCGUCCAGCGAUACAUCCUCACCGAAGCACCCGCUCUUCCCGUGUACGAGCGAUAUCGACCCAUCCCAAUCCGCGUACCCGUCCUGCCCUGUCCGUACUCGUAUUCAAAUAUGAUAAUGUACAGUUGUUAUUCUUAUACCGCUGGCGGACCUUUGGGCGGUGAUCAGAGUGAGGUUCAACCUCAAGAGCAAGUCUUUGGGCAGGGAAAGAGGGAGAUUAAUGAGCAGGAGAGGUUGGAUGAAGAGUGGGCGAGAAAAGAAGAAAGGAAAUUACGAGAAGAGGAAGAGGAGAGAUUGAGAAUUCGGCGGUAUGCGGCAGAGUAUAGUUCGCCGAGGUUGUAUUAGCAUCGCUCUUUCGAGUAUCAUCUAUUUGAAAGACGUAGUCACGUCGCGCCAGACUGGCGUUCGAAAACAUUG